CUGGACGAGGUGAAUUAGUCUCAGCUGAGUACUCGCCCACCCGAAAGGAGAGAGCUUCAGCGAACCCACCAUGGGGGACACAAAGCUCUGCCUCGCGCUUAUCCUCAGCGCCUUUGCAUUGGCCCAUGCUGAUGAUGGUGCCCCAUGCCUGAUGGCCGAGAGGUACAAGCCUUUCCACAAGUAUGAGUUCCUGUAUGAAGCCGAGUCCCUCAACUUCCUCAAUGGAGCCGUCAACGGCCCCAAGGGAAGCUGCAAGGUUGAGAUCGAUGUUCCCGGCCCCUGCCAAUACAUCGUCCGCACCACUGAGUGCAUGCUCAGCGAGGUUGCUGACUUCGAUGCAGCUGGCGAGCCCGUCUUUGUCCCCGCAGCCACGACUGAUGCCUUCAAGGCUGCCAUGGAGAAGAACCCUCUGAAGGUCACUGUUGAAGGUGACAAUGACAUCAAGCUGUUCCCUGAGGACGAUGAGCCUAUCAACAUCCUCAACAUCAAGAGGGGAAUGAUCUCUGGCUUUGCUGUGCCUGUUCUGGAGGAGGAGAGGAACAAGAGGAUGCCCACCAUCUAUGGAUUGUGCAAGACUGACUACACCGUGAACGCCAGAGAGGACAUCGCCACAGACGUCACCCUCACCCGUGACCUGUCCAGGUGUGACCACUUCAGGCCAGUCAGAGACCACACCAGCCCCCUGGCUCUCAUCACUGGCAUGCACUACCCUCUUGCCCAGCUGAUCAAGAGCACCCAGAGCUGCAAUUAUAAGUUUGACAACGCACUGCACCACCCAGUUUCUGGUGAAUGCAUUGAGAACCACAUCCUGAUGCCUUUCUCCCACAAGGGCAAAAAUGGAGUUACCAAUGUUGGCAAACAGAAGGCAACCCUCCUGGGAGUGACUGAGUACAAUGACAGAGUUUUUGACCCCAUUCUGGCCAAUGAGCAGACCCUGCACCCACAUGCCAGUGUGGACAAGAGCCCUAUUCAAGACAAAGAUGCCGCACUCGCUGUCCUAAGGGAACUGGCUGGCCUGUCUAAAACCGACGAUGGACACAAGAGAGCCUACCUGGCCCACAAGAUUGUGAGCAUGGUCCGCAAGAUGUCUGCAGAGACCCUGGCCGCUGGCGUGCCCGAGGCCCUGGAAAUCUCUCGCUCCCUGACCUACCAGGCUCUGUUCCAGUGUGGCACCCCCGAGUGCAGCGGUGCCAUCAUGCAGAUCCUCAGGACCUUCGACAGCUCUUCUAUGGAGAUUGACGCCACAGUCUACGCCAUGGGGCUGAUGCCCAAUCCCACUCGCCAGCUUGUCCAUGACAUGCUGGAAAUGGCCAAGUUCAAGCAGAGCAAACCCAUCUUCUACGGUGCCAGCAAUGCCGUCAAGAAACUGUACCAGGCUGAGGGCAAGGUCACUCCUGAGAUUGAGGCUGUUGCCAACUUUGCCUUGGAGCAGAUUGGAGACUGCACUGGUGACCAGGAGCACAUUUUCAUGUCCCUGAAGGUUAUUGGUAACAUGGCCGCUGCUAUGGGAGCUGCCAGCCCUGCCCUCAAAUCUGCUGUCAUCCAGUGUGUCAACCAGCCCGCUGCUUCCCCAGAGGUUCAGCUUGCUGCCAUCCAGGCCUACAGACAGACCGCUUUGCCUGAGGAGGGCAGAGAGGUGCUCAUGCAGGUCCUUUUGGACAGUGGUGCCCCACUGCAGAAGCGUGUUGCCGCCUACUUGGUGCUGAUGAAGGACCCUCAGCCCUCUGAACUCUCUCAGCUGGCUGCUGCCCUGCCAAUUGAGGAGAACCAACAGGCCAAGAGCUUUGUGAUCUCUCAUCUCACCAACAUCCUGAGCUCCACUGCACCUGAGACCCAGGAGCUGAGACAGAAGAUCCUCGAUGCCCUCCAGGGCAAUGAAGUUGGAACUGUCAUGGACCCAACCAAAUUCUCUCGCAACUACAAGGUCGGAUCAAUGGAGGGAAACAUGAUCUUUGAAGGAGUCAGCUACCUGCCCAAGGAAGUUAUGCUGGAGAUGACCCUGAAUGCCUUUGGCUUCGAUGUGGACAUGUUUGAGAUUGGCAUGGAGGGCAAGGGACUUGAGCCAACUGUUGAGGCCCUGUUUGGUGCCAAUGGGUUCUUCCCUGACACAGUGAUGAAGACCAUCUACUAUGCUGCUGACAAGGUGCCUGUCCAGAUCAGAAAGAUUCUGAGGAACAUGCUUCCAUCCCUGAGGAAUGACCGAAAGAAGAGACAGGCUUCCCAGAGCCUUAUUAAAGAGCUUGGAGGAAACGUCAAGAGACUGUUCAGCCAGCUGAAGUCUCAGGAUGCCCCUGAGGCCAUGGUCUACAUGAGACUGCUGGGAAUGGAACUUGGCUACCUCAAGACCAAGGACAUGGAAGAGAUGGCCUACUCUGCUGCAAUGAUGAUGGACAACCUCCUGAAGAUGUUCCCCACUGAUUUCAUCAAGGGACUGCUGACCAGUGCUGACAAUGAGCUGUUUGCCCACUACAUCUUCAUGGACAAUGAGUUCUACCUGCCAACCGGCCCUGGUGUUCCUCUGAGGGUUGCCCUGUCUGGUACCUUCACCCCCGGAGUUAAGGGAGGACUGCAGCUUUCUCCUGACAUGAGUGAGGUAGCCUUCAUGCCAUCCGCUGGCAUUGAGUUUGUGACUGAGGUUGGAGCCCACUUCCCUGACUUUGUUCAGUCUGGUCUGGAGAUGCACACCAACAUCUACCACGAGAGUGGCCUGAAAGCCAAGGUCUCUGUGUCGAACAGCAACAUCAAGCUGAGCAUCCCUGCCCCUCAGGGCCCAGCCAAGCUCGUCAGCCUCACCAAUUCUCUGGUGUCUGUCCAUGGUGCUGAAACCAAGGCCAUCCCAUCCCUGGGAGAUAGAAUUGAUGUAACUGAGUGCACUCCUUUCUUUGCCGGAAUCAAGUACUGCACAGCUCUGCAGUACUCUGAUGCCAUGUUCAAUGACGAUGCUCCUUACUUCCCCUUCACUGGAGACAGCAAGCUUGAAAUUGAGCUGCACCCCACUGGCGAGAUCUCUGAAUACACAGCUGACAUUGACUAUUCCUAUGAGGAGAAGACAGAUAAAGUCACACUCACCUUGAAGGCUGAAGGAGCAGCGGCCACUGAGGCUACAGCAACCUUAAAGUUCAACAGGCAGAAGUACACUGUUGAGGCUGAUCUGCAGAUCCCUGAUUAUGACCUGGAGGUUGGACUCAGGCUUGGUUCUGUCGACCCCGACACCAAGGGCAAGGCCACGCACUCUGUCCAGAUUGACCUGAUCAACAAGAACAUUCCUCAGGCCUCUCUUAUUGCUCUGGGAAAACUUGAGGGGAUGAAGGAUGCCGAAGUGGAAGUUCAGCUUCUUUGCAAACCCUUUGCUGAUUUCAAGGUUUCUGCUCACCUUCACCGUGAGGCAGAGUUGACCCUUAAACUUAAGACUGACUUUGACCUGGCAACUGCUAAGUCUGCUCAGGAAAUCACUUUUACAUAUGAUGAUGAGAAGCUGGAGGUGGAAAUUAAAUCUGAUAUGAGCACUGAGAUCCUUGACCCAGUAGAGUUUGGAGACCUUUUCGAGCAAGAACUUGGAAAGUCUGGCAUAACAGUCGGCACUUUACUCAGCAAGUCUGUUCAGGGAGUCAAUGCCUACAUAGAGACGUAUGGUGCAGAUAUUCCAUUUGUGCAGAACAUCAGAGUGCCUGAAUUUCCUGAGCUGUCAUUACCUGAGAAACUGUACUUGAAGACUGAGGCUGAUGUCAAAUACCACUUUGGCAAGCACUACUACACCAUUGCCAUUCCUCUGCCUCUUGGAGGAAAAUCCUCUGGAGACCUGAACUUCCCUGCUGCUCUCACCACUCCUCACUUGACUGUGCCACAGCUGGGUCUGGAGGUUGCCUCCAUUGACAUUCCUCUUCCUGAGGUCUUCGUUCCAGAGCAGGUGUCUGUGUCUGUGCCUGUGUUCGGAAAGGCUGAAGUGUCCGCCAAGGUCCACAGCAACUUCUAUAACCUGGAGGCCGAUGUUUCUGCUGGUAGAGAUCCAGUUGACCACCCCAGCUAUUCUGCUAAAGUGGAACUGACAGGAACUUGUCCUGCCGAAAUUCUUUCCAUGAAGAUUGAUGGGUCUGCAUUGCUUGCGGCUGCACCUGGUGAGUCUCUCAAGGCUGAAAUCAAGACACAUGUGAACCACAAGCUCAUUGAUGCCAGCAUUACUGUUGAGGAAGUGGCAACCAUUGCAGACAAGUUCAACCUGAAGUCCAAUAGCAAGAUUGAGGCAACCAGCCCUCUUGGUGUUCAAGUGUCUCUGGAGUAUAAUGGUGAUGCGGGUCUUAGCACAGAAGAGAUCUCUGGAAAUGGAAACCUGGAGGCAUCCCUCAAGAUUGGUCCUACCUCUGGAUCCGCCACCAUCUCUCAGACAGUCGCAGUCUUCCCAUUCAAGCCAGAGGCCAAGAUCGAUUCCUCAGUGAAGAUUGAUUCCACCCUUGUCAAGGCCCAGAACACAUUUGCUGCUGCCUUUGCUAAUGGUGAGUUGACUGCCACAUCCAAUACCGCUGCAAAUGAUGACACCCUGGUGCACCAUGCUGAAGUCACCAUCAAGGAUUCCACACUGGCUGUGAAGUCUGAUACCAAGGCAGAUGCCCUCGGCCUGAAGAUUCAGAAUGUGGCCGAAGCCUCUGCUGGUGCUGGAGCUGUUAACAUUAAAAUGGAAACAAGUGCUGACCAUACAGAAAACCGCAUCCAUUCCCUUGUAACUGCCAUGCUGGAUGUCAACGGACUGGCUGUGAACAGUGAUGCUGAGGCUAAACUUGCCGAAAACACUGCCACUCACAAAGCAUCUCUGACACUGAACAAGGAUGGCCUGAACACCAAUGGAGCCACAUCUCUGCAGAGCCCUCUGAAGCUGGAGAACACCUUCAGCGGUACCGUGGAUGCAUCCAAGGUUGACCUUAACAUUGACUUCAAGGGUGAUUUUGCUGACAUGAAGAUUUCCAAUGCCAUGUCUCUGACUGGAACCCCUGCAACUAUUGCGUUCAAAAACAAUGCGGAUGCAUUUGUCAUUGAGGGAACCUCUUACACCCAAUCCAUUGUCCUGGAUGUGCAUGACUACACUGCAUCUUUGAACAUCAACAAUGACCUGAAGGUCCUGCAUGCCAACUUGGUGAAUAACGCUGAGCUUAAGGCAGAGGCCUACAAGGCUGAUCUGACCGGAAGCCUGAAGGCAGCUUAUGGUGAACAGGAGCUCAAGCACUCUUAUGAAGUCAAGUAUGCUGACCUGACUGCCAAUGCCAAAUGCAGCACAACUGGUAUGCUUCUGGGCUCUCACCUGAGCCAGAACACUGAGGUAGUUGUCCCUGGACUUGCUAUUAAAAUCAACAAUGAUGCCCGCUUCAACUCUCCGGUUCUCCGUUUUGAUACCACCACCCGUGCCACAGCUGUCCCCUUCAGUUUCAACCUUGAUUCCAUUGCCAAUGCUGAUGGUGAUCUGACCAUGUAUGGAAAGCACAGUGCCCAAGUCUACAGCAAGUUCCUCUUGAAAGCAGAGCCACUGGCAUUCGCACACUCUCAUGAAUGCAGAAUCUCUGCCUCCCAAAAUCUUGACAAUGGUAUCUCCAUUGAGACUGGGCUUGACAAUAAGUUUGAAACUCUCCUGACUCCCUCUGACCAGAAGGCUCAUCUGAUUGUAAAAUCUAAACUCAACAGCCAUGCCAUCAAUGAGGAGGUCAGUGUUUACAACACACCCGAGAGGCUUGGACUGGAAAUGUCAGGAAACAUCAUGACAAAUAUGCUAAACACUGUUGACAGUGAAAACCAAGAAUUUGUUGUAUCAGGCUUUGUGAAAUAUGACAAGAAUAAUGAUGUUCACCUCAUUUAUUUGCCUUUCGCUGAGAGCGUGAUCAGUAUUGCAGACAACCUAAGACUCGUCUUGGUGGAAAUGGUAGAGGCUAUGCAGACUUAUAUUAGACAAGAGGAUCUCAUCAGCAAGUUGGAAAGUCUUCCUCAGUAUAUCAGUGACUUUGUCAAGGACCUCAAUGUUGAGGGAAGAGCAACGGAGCUUAAGCAACAAUUACUUUCCCUGUCACAGGAGUAUACCAUUACAUUUGAAGAUCUGGAGGCUUCUCUGAUGAACCUGAGGGCUACUCUUGAGAGGCUCUUGUCUGAUUUAGCUGCUCGUGUCAGUGAAACUGUCAAAAUCAUUAAAGAGCUCAUUGUAAGCGGAACUCUGUCUGAGGAUGUUGCCAAGAGGCUGACUGACCUACUUAAUACACUGAAUGAGGAAAUUGACAUCAAUGCCAUUCUUGUUGCAGUCAUUGAGGCUGUUGAAGAUCUGAUUAAGCAGAUUGAUCUGAUGAAGCUGAAGGACAGCAGCAUUGCUCUCUUGCACGACCUGGAUGCCCAGUAUGCCAUCAAAGCCAAACUUGAGGAAAGAGUGGGUGAACUAAAACAAAUGAUUUCCAGCUUCAGCUUGGCUCAGUUUGCUGAGGACCUGAAGAGCCUGAUUUCCUCCAUUGACAUUGAAGGUCUGACCAGUCGGCUUGUGGCACAAAUUCCAACAGAGCAAAUUAACAAGAUUGUUGACACAGUGAAAUCUCUGGUGACAGAAUUGGACAUCACUGGUAAGCUGAAUGCAGUCUAUUCCAAUGUGAGAACUGUACUUGUAAAAUACGAACUUGACAAGAAAAUUGAAGGAAUCCUGGAGAAGGUGGUUGAGCUCAUCCAGAAAUUCAAAAUUGAUGAGACCAUACAGGUUGUUGCUGACACUUUGAAGAACAUCCACAUCCCUAUUGCAAUGGAAGAUGCUAUCAACUACCUGAAGGCCACAGAGCUCAAGCAGGCUAUUGAGCACUUGAAUGGAUACCUUGAUGCUUUAGUGCAAAGUGUUAAGUCAUUUGACUACAAUGCCUUUGUAGAUCAUGCCAAUGAGAAAAUUGCUGCUUAUACCAGUGAGCUGAACACACUCAUUGCUUCUCUUGAGAUUCCACAGAAGGUUGAGGCAGCAAGAGAAUUUGUCAACUAUGCUCUGUCCACAUUGAGUGGCCUGCUGGAAGAACUCAGAGGCAUCAAGGCAGCUGAUGUCAUCAAAUCUGUAAAGGACAUCAUUGACACCAUGGCUCUGAAUGACAUCAGAGCGUUGGUGGCAAAACUCCCAGGAGUUGACCUCAGAGGUGACAUUGAGCAUUACCUGCAAGUGAUUAGCAACCUGUACACCAAGGUCAUGGAUGUUGUCAUUGAUACCUUCAGUGGAGUUGUUGAUGCAAUCCAGAAAUUUGCUGUUGAUCAAGCCAUUGUCAGCCAAUUCAAGCAGAUCAUUGAGGGAGUGGCAACUGGACUGAAGACAGCUGAGCUUGAGUUCCCAUCGCUCAGUGUCCCACUCACUGACCUAGUUUUGCCUUCCUUCAAGAUCAGCCUGGCCAACCUUCAGGACAGCCUCCCAACACAGAUUGAUCUGCCUGAGUUCACCAUUUUGGGCUUCCAUACUGUGCCAGCCAUGACCAUUACUUAUGAUGAUAUCAAGCAGAAGGUUAUGCAGCUCAUCGACUUCAUUGUGAACUAUGAAAUCACCUUUGUGGAUGUGGAUGCUUUCUUUGGAGAGCUCUCCAUGAAUUACUUGCCUGACCUGUCUGCUAUUUCACUGCCAGAGAUCAGCCUUCCAGAGAUCUCCCUACCUGCCAUCCCCAAGGUCAAUCCCGAGGAUCUGAUUAACAUUCCUUUGACCAUCCCUGAGAUUAAGCUCCCUCACAUUCCCACUGAGCUGAUGGUGCCAGCUUUUGGAAAGCUCUAUGGUGAAAUCAAAGUGAACACUCCCAUCUACAACAUCAGGACCUCUGCUGAGUUCCAGAAUUCUACAGAUAGCGAGACCACGCCACAGUUCACAGCAUUCUUGAAUUCCAAGGGAUCAUCUCCUGCUGUUGAAGAACUGGGCUACAGCCUGGACUGUACUGCUCGUGUAGCAAUCCCCAAAAGGAGCCGUAUCAUCAUUGCAGAAACCUUGAAGUUCAUUCAGCAGCAAUUGUCUGUAGAGCACCAAGCAUCAAUGACCGUUUAUGGUCUUUCUGCUCAGUCCUCAGCCAAGACAGCUUUGAAGAUUAACACCUCUCCAUAUACUGCUGAUCUUGUCAACAUGGCAUUCAUUGCCAUGGAGGGUGGCAUUACCAGUUCUAUUGACACCUCCUACAACCACAAGAUCAACCUUCCCAUGAUCUCAUACACCAGUGACAUGUCUCUUACACAGAAGACUGUUGCUCGCCAAGAUGGUGCCUCUGUCACCGUUUCUUUGAAAAACGAAGGAACAAGCAAGGUUUCUUUCUCUGACUUCUCAGAGGAAACAACCCUUAAGAGUGAUCUGGAUUACACCAUGAAUGUCCGCACAGCCAAACUGACAUAUACCUCUGACACUGAUAGUCCCUCUAAUAAAAGGAAGGAGAGCAUGAAUGCUGAGGCUGUUAUUUUCAGUCACAUCACCUUCGAUGCCCGUGUUGAAUCAGAGUCUCCUUACAUCAAGAACAGCCUGAUGACUGCCUCUGGGAAGGCACAUUUAGGUGAAAUGAAGAUUGAAAUCAAGGCUAAUCACGACACUGAGCUUGUUGGUGCUCUCAGUGGAACCCUGUCUAAUUCCCUUCAUGCUAUGGUUAAGCCCAUUGAGGUUGUGUUCGACUUCCAGAAUAGGGGCAAUGCCAAGACCAGCCUAGAUGACACUUUUUCAGCUAAACUUGAUCUCCAGAAUGACUACUCUGUCACCUUGAAUCCUAAUGCUCAGCACAUUAAUACCAUGGCCCUCUUGAAGCUGAACCAAUAUAAGGUUGGCUAUAACUUCACAGUUGACAACAACCAGGCAGAAACUGGCAUCUAUGCCUCUGUAGAUGGUGACGUCAACCUGGACUUCUUGACUGUGCCCAUAAGCAUUCCUGAGAUUGCUGUCCCAAUCAUUGACUUCAAGACCCCAGCCAUUAAUGACAUCAAUCUAUACGAACACACUGGCCUGAAGCACCUGCUGACUUCCACUGAGCAGACAGUUGAUGCAGAUGCCAAGAUUGUGUACAAGAAGAGCAGGUUUGCUCCUCUUUUGGACCUGGACCUGAUUUACAUCCCUGCCAUUGGCAACCUUGUUGCUGAGGCCACUUUCAAGUCAUCCAUCAUCAACCUGAAUGUGAAUGCUGAAGUAUCUGGUGAGGAUGACGUUAUUAUUCGCAUUGGUGCUAACUCUGCAUCUAUUUAUGAGAGUUUGAAGGCUAAGCUGGAUGGUACGAGCAGUCUUACCACCAAGAGAGGUGUGAAACUGGCCACAGCCCUUUCUCUUGAGAAUGCUCAUGUUGAGGCCACUCACGACAGCACUCUGAACCUGAACAGUGAAGAUCUGAGUUCCUCUUUUUCUGCAGCAACUGUUGCAAAAGUGAACCUGCCCGUUUUCACUGCUGAAGCCAACCAUCAGCUGAAAGUAGACCCAGAGAAUAAUGCAUUUACAGACAAUAUGUUCAAAAUGGUGUACACCCUGAAUCUCCCAGUGAUAAAUGUUGUUGGGUCCGGAGAUGUUGAGAGUAGUAUAAAGCUUGAAUCCAACGUUUUUGAUAUAUCCAUAGAAUCAACAACCAAAGAACAGUUUGAUGGAACCAUCUUGGGCAGUGGCAUUGUUAAGAGUUCCCUCAAUGAUGUAGCCAACUUCUAUUGCGGUUUUGAUGGCAUUCGCUCAACUCGAAAGACCACCGGCAACGCACAUGUCAGCUAUGGUGAUCUUAAAAUUGAGUUUGAUGUUGAUGAGGACCUGGCUUUAGAAUUGAAAGAAAAAUUGUAUGCCAGUAUAAAAAUUGACUCCAACAAUGAGAUCAAUGUGGCUAGCCUGAACACCAAGGGAAAGCACUCAGUCAAGAUCAUUUUUGAUGUGACGGAGAAAUCUGUGGCUGUUGAUAUGGAAGCUGACCUUGCUCAACCAAGUACCCUGGGUGAACUGAGCUACUUUGAGAAACUGACCCUUGACUAUACUGAUGAGAAAGAGAAAGAGUCCUACACUCUCAAGAUAGUCACUCCAGUGUACACCACCACUGCUGCCGUAGAAACAGAGGGUUCUUUCCCCAACUACCAGGGAACUUUCAAGGCCUCUGCCAAGUCUCCGGCUGUGAUCCUGGAGUACGACCUGGAUGGCUCCGCCACUGUUGCUCUUGAAAAUGGAGUUGUGAGCCACACUCUCAAGGCUGUACUGACCCAUGCAGAUCUGACUAUGAAUGUUCAACAUGCUAUUGAGCAUCAGGAUAAUGGUCCUGCCCAUACCCUGAAUGUGGACGUCACAAGUCCCACCUUCACUGAUGCGAACUUCCGCUAUGCUGCCCGUAACGAUGGCGCCAGCACUUCCAUCUCCAGUCCAUCUACUGGCUUUCUUGGAUUACAGCUCCAGGGCAAACUCCCAUCGAUGAGUGCGAAACUGUACUGCCGCUAUGCUUCUGAUCCAGCAACUGACGUGGACAUCCUGGUGUUGAAGGCAGAUCAGACAGAGCCUGAAAAGAUGCAUCUUCAUGCGUCUGCCAAUAUGGACGCAACCAGCGCUAUGCUGUCAGGCCUGCAUGAGAGAGUCCCCGCCAUCACCUCCUCUCUGACCAACUUCGCAGACAAGUAUGGCAUUGUCCCAGCUGUUCAGAGCUUCAAGGACAUGCUGGUCAGCAUAGUUGAUGAUGCUUACAACACUGUCAAGAGCUACACCCCAGAGAUGAGCCAGAUGUCCAUCCUCUUCAGGAACUUUGUUGUUCAGUACCAGAAGACCGUUCAGGCACUGAUUGAUGUUGCUAUCAAGUUCCUGCGGGAAACCCAGAUUGAGCUGCCAGGCAUGGAGAAGGCCACUCUGCUGGAAAUCAUCAAUAAGAUCACAACCAACGUCGGUGUCGUGCUUGAGCAGUUUCUGCAGGUCAUCAGUGACAACCUGCAGGCCUACCUCACCCAAGUUGUAGACACCAUCAGCUCCAUCCAGGUUGCCUUGCCCUCUGGUGAGGUUCUGACUGGAGGCCAGGUUCUGGACCAGGUGAAGGCCGUCCUAAACCAGAUGGUACAGAUGGUGAAGAAUCUAGAAAGUCUUGACGUCAUCUUGGAGAAGCUGGGUGAGACUCUGCGUGAGGCAGUUGAGACAGCCCAAGCUUUCAUUGACAACAUCAGCUCUGAUAUUCUGGACAGUAUCUUUGUGUACAUCAAUGGUCUCUAUUCUAACCUUGUCACACUUACCAAGAAUGUUACAGAACAGGCCAAUAACCUGUUAAUUGCAAUGGAUGUCGACAGCUUAGUUAAGAAUGUUUUAGAAUCUGUCAGAUCUUUUCUGGCUGAAAUAUCCAAUUUUGUUGCUCAACUUUUGCCAGACACUGGUGCUCUUAGAGUGAAUGGCGGAAUUUUGGAUGUGGAGUUUGAUAUUCCCGUCCGCCUAUAAUAUAUAUGUUAGCUGUGAAUGUUUCGCCUGUUAAACACUACCUUAUGUUGAAUCAACACUUUGAGGGAGCAAUGGAUGCUUAAGUCCUUUAGCAUGUAUUUAAAGUAGUCCAAAAAAACAUGUAAAGACUGUAUUAUGCUGUAAAUGACAACUGUAUUACGCUGUAAAUGACAACUCAUAUACCAACUCAGCUAUUAACAUUGUUAUGAAUUAUGUUUGAUGAAUUCCUCUGCCCUUGAUAGCCCACAUAUUUCAAUGUAAUAAAUGAAAGUAUCAAUAAAGAUUAAGUGUACUACAGUA